AUGGAGUCCAACAAUAAUCCCCUCACCUUUCGCGAGUAUGUACUCCCUCAGAUCUCCAGCAGGAACUACCUAACUAGAUCUAGGUUCCUAGGAUCGGAUACAGUCGAGCUCUACACCUCGAGCAGCGCUGGAUCAUUGAAAAUCCAUCAAAAACUGCUUGCGGCAAAAUGCAAAGCCCCGAUGGUGGCACUUACCCACGGGUUCCCAGAGCGCGAAUCUGGCCGAUAUACAUUCACAGACACGAGACAUGACACUGUGGCCCAGUUCAUUGAGUGGGCAUACAGGGGCUAUUAUACGGAUCUAACGCUCACUCCUGUCGAAGAGCCUCUACAAUCAAGACAGUCGAAGAGUUUAUCCGAGUCGUCCCAUUCAGAGCCAGCAGACAACAAGAACGAGGAUAAGCCUAAUAUACAGGCACAUACUCUACUCUGCCAUCUCCGGGUAUACAUCUUCAGUGAUGUUUAUCUCGUUUCUGGGCUCAAAAAGCUGGCCUUUGAUAAAUUCACGGAUGUCUUGGCCGAUAUGGGGAGACCAAAGAAUAUCGAUGAACAGCUUGCGGUUAUUGAUUGUCUGUCGUGGGCAUUUUCGAGUAUGCCUCUCCAUGAUGAACUUCCUGGAUGGCUGGCUCACUACGCUGCUUGGUGCGUAGAUAAGUUACGUCUUCAAGGAAAGUUCCAUGAUUUGCUUCAGAGUUUGCCGACACUCAGCUCUCGUAUGAUGGAGACGCUGAACCCGGCCCAUGAUGCUCCGUGGAACACCAAGUCGCGCAAUUACAGAGUCCCCUCUUAUGAUACUCGCGCCGAGUUCCAGUAUUAA